AUGUUUUUUUUUAAAGUAUAUAAAAAUGAUAUAUUCCAUUACUCCUUCAAUAAAAUAUUUUUACGCAAUUUUAAAACAAAUAAGAAAGUAAAUAUUGAUAAAUUAAUAAAAAGAAAAAAAAUUAAAAGUCAUGAACUGUAUAGAAUAGAAGAUAUAGAACUAUUAUUACAAGAGAAAAAUCAUGAUGUUAUUCAAGAAUAUCCUACUGUUAAAAAUGUGCAAAAAAUUAUAGAUGUAGAAAAUCUUCCUGUUUUUAGAAAAGAUGAAAAUUCAAAUAAUCUUUUGAACAAGAUAGUUCUCCAUUUUGGAGACUUAUCAUAUUUAAAAGGGGAUGUAGCUAUAAAUGGUACUAAUAAAAUUUUCGAACUAAUGAAAGAAGGGAAUGGAUAUGACUGCUCGGGAAAUUUUUUAAAAAUAUGUGGGAAGUUUUUGUUUGAAGAUAUGAAAAAAAUUAGAGAAAAAAAUAAAGGAAAAAAAAUAAUAAUAACAAAAGGAUACAACAGUGCAUAUAAAUCCAUUAUACACAUAGUUGAACCAUAUUAUAAUGAAACAGCAAAAUUAAAAAAAUGUUAUGAAGAUAUAUUAUUAAUUGCAAAAAAAAAUAACUUUAAAACUAUUAUUUUUCCUCUACUUGGUAGUGGUGUAAGUCUUUUUAAAAAACAUGAUGUUGUUAUAUGUUGUUUAGAAGGAAUUUAUGAAUUUUUAAAAACAAAAGAUAAUUUUAAUUAUAUUGAUAAAAUAGUUUUGUGCACUAUUACUGAUUCUUACUGGAUGCUAUUAAAUGAUUCCAUACCUCUUUACUUAGAUGUGAAUAUAAAAUAA